CCAGGGCCUCUGGCCUGCUCGCCCACACCCGCCAUGGCCUGCCCACUGGAUGUGCCCCUCACCAGGGCCUCUGGCCUGCUCGCCCACACCCGCCAUGGCCUGCCCACUGGAUGUGCCCCUCACCAGGGCCUCUGGCCUGCUCGCCCACACCCGCCAUGGCCUGCCCACUGGAUGUGCCCCUCACCAGGGCCUCUGGCCUGCUCGCCCACACCCGCCAUGGCCUGCCCACUGGAUGUGCCCCUCACCAGGGCCUCUGGCCUGCUCGCCCACACCCGCCAUGGCCUGCCCACUGGAUGUGCCCCUCACCAGGGCCUCUGGCCUGCUCGCCCACACCCGCCAUGGCCUGCCCACUGGAUGUGCCCCUCACCAGGGCCUCUGGCCUGCUCGCCCACACCCGCCAUGGCCUGCCCACUGGAUGUGCCCCUCACCAGGGCCUCUGGCCUGCUCGCCCACACCCGCCAUGGCCUGCCCACUGGAUGUGCCCCUCACCAGGGCCUCUGGCCUGCUCGCCCACACCCGCCAUGGCCUGCCCACUGGAUGUGCCCCUCACCAGGGCCUCUGGCCUGCUCGCCCACACCCGCCAUGGCCUGCCCACUGGAUGUGCCCCUCACCAGGGCCUCUGGCCUGCUCGCCCACACCCGCCAUGGCCUGCCCACUGGAUGUGCCCCUCACCAGGGCCUCUGGCCUGCUCGCCCACACCCGCCAUGGCCUGCCCACUGGAUGUGCCCCUCACCAGGGCCUCUGGCCUGCUCGCCCACACCCGCCAUGGCCUGCCCACUGGAUGUGCCCCUCACCAGGGCCUCUGGCCUGCUCGCCCACACCCGCCAUGGCCUGCCCACUGGAUGUGCCCCUCACCAGGGCCUCUGGCCUGCUUGCCCACGCCUGCCAUGGCCUGGGCACUGGAUGUGCCCCUCACCAGGGCCUCUGGCCUGCUUGCCCACGCCUGCCAUGGCCUGGGCACUGGAUGUGGCCCUCACCAGGGCCUCUGGGCUGCACUCGCCCCAGUCCCUGGCCAGCCCCCUGAUCCCAGCCCCCUUCCUGCCGUUUGUGUCGAUGUCCGUUUCCUGCUGUUCCCGUGCCCACUGCGACCUGCGCAGGGCUGGGCCUCGCCAGAAAACCACGGGCACUUGCCAGGCCACCACACUGGGCUGUCCUGAGUGCCCACGGCCCACCCCGCCCCUGGCCUCUGCUGGCACUGCCCACAAGCCGCCGGCUGGUGCCCACUCUGACUCAGGGCCUGGAUCUCAUCUCAGCCACCCCUCUGUGCGCCCGGGGUCGCGCCGCUAA